AUGUCCGUUCUAGUUCGGACAGUUCCUGGUCUCCUAGCUUUGAGUACCAUCGUUGGUCUUGCGGCCUUUUGGUUCGCUAUUGUAUCUAGAGAAGUACCUGAGCCGUAUCUGGACGAAUUUUUCCAUAUACCUCAAGCGCAAAGAUACUGCAGCGGCGAUUACUCAUGGGAUCCGAAGAUUACUACACCCCCAGGAUUAUAUCUGGUGAGCCGAAUCUUGAAGCCGCUAUUGGGGUGCGACAUUUCAUCUCUGCGAGUCUUGAACACACUAUCUCUUUGUGCCAUCGUGCCCCUGAAUUAUAGCAUAUCUCGAUUGCUUCGAGCUCGAGAUCAACAGACAGGUACUCGAUCCGGAAGCCAGGUCACCGAAACCGAUCCGACAAUACUGCUUGACACACACACUGCUUUCAAUAUUGCCCUGUUUCCGCCAUUGUUCUUCUUUUCCGCACUGUAUUAUACCGAUAUCCUAUCUACCGUGCUUGUGCUUUGUACGUAUGGUCACAGUCUCAGACAUGGCUCCAUCACCCGCACAAUCCCUGCAAAACUUGUCACCGCCAUCUUUGGUUUCGUGGCCCUCUGGUUUCGACAAACGAAUAUCUUCUGGGUCGCCAUCUUUCCAGCCGGUCUCGAUGUAGUCAAUGCCUUGAAAAGUGGACAGAAAUCGAAUGUAAAUACUGCGCCACGAGACAUGACGACAGUGUUUCGCAGCAGUUGGAGUGAAGGCUCCGUCUAUGACUGUCCUUUACAAGAAGCAGGACCGCAAGAUUGUGUCUUGUUUGGACUAUCACUAGUCACGGCGACCAUCAGGAAACCGGUUCUUAUAUUGCGAGUCGUCCUACCGUACAUCGCUCUCCUUUCCUUAUUUGCUGGCUUCGUUCUCUGGAACGGAAGCGUUGUCCUUGGCGACAAAUCUGCGCACACUGCCACGAUACACGUCCCACAAAUGCUCUACGUGUGGCCAUAUAUUGUAUUCUUCUCCCUACCACUAAUGGUUGGGCCCCUCAUUCGACCCCUUGUUCGAUUUCUACCGGCAAAACUCCAGUCAAUAUGUAACGACAGUCUGAACGCCCGGAAAGUUUCAAUGCUGCCGACUCUCCUGGUGACCACGAUGGCCUUGUUGAGCGCUUUUGUUGCCGUACACUUCAAUACGAUUAUUCACCCAUACACUUUGGCUGACAACAGACAUUACGUAUUCUACGUAUUUCGAAUUAUUCGCCGUCAUGCGGCGAUGAAAUAUCUCGCUGUUCCCGUGUACUACAUAUGUGCAUGGUUGGUCCUCCAAGCUCUCACUUUUCCUGCAGUUAGUGGGGAAGAGGACACAAAAUCCAACCGUGAUCACAGACCAACCAACGACAAGGCUGAACCGCGUCAGCCCCAGGUUAGCUUCCUCACUAUUUGGUUGGUCACCACCACACUUUCUGUUGUAACAGCGCCUCUAGUUGAGCCUCGCUACUUCAUAAUCCCUUGGAUCAUAUGGCGCCUACAUGUUCCGUACACUCCAGCUUCACUUUCACGGAAUUCCUCGACCGGAAAGACGGUAUACGACAAGCGGCUCAUUUUGGAGACAGGGUGGCUGUUGGCUAUCAAUCUAGCUGUUUCGUACACUUUCUUAUAUCGAACAUUUAGCUGGCCUAGCGAGCCUGGAAACAAGCAGCGGUUCAUCUGGUAG